AUGAGCGUGCACCCGAUCUUAAGCCAGAUUGAGCACCCUAUCCCCGUCACACCGUUGAUACUCGAGCACAACACCCUGUACACCCUCCUCGACCGCGGCGAGUUCCUGUUCCACUGGGAACUGUACCUAGCCACCAGCACCAGCCACGCCCAGACCUUCCACAUAACCAACGAAGCAGGCCCCGCAGCCUGGGUAUACCAGAGCGACCUGAUAGCCGAGAUGCCGGCCCUGCGACGGCUGCUGUUAGCCCUCCAGAUCAGUGCGCUGGCGCAGGUCCCACUGAUGCUGUUCUUGACGCGGCUCCGGGAGAUUUUGAGUUUUGUGCGUGGGUUAAGGUGGCGCUUCUGGUGA